UGAGUGCGCAGGGGGCGGGGCUUCCCCGGCGGCAGUGGUGGAGUCGCGAGCCCGGUCCGGUCAGUGCGGGGAGAGAGAGAGAGAGAGGGAGAGAAGAGAGAGAGAGUGAGAGAGAGCUCGGAUCUGGGAAAGCGGUGUAAAUGGGCAACGCGCAGAAGAAGAGCGCGGGGCCGAGUUCCGGUGUGGCGAGUCCGGCACGCAGCGGCGCUCGCGAGGGGAAUCCCGGAAGUGGGGAGAGGAAGAACACGGCGCUCGCGAACGGCGCUCACACUGCGGAGGGAGAGAGGCGGGGAGACGAGGAGGAAACCGGAAGUACGGGAGCGCACGGAGGGGAGAACCUCGACGCCCCGGCCGGGGAUCUGCCCCCUGCGCUCGCGCGCCUCAAAAACGAGGGCAACAUGCUGUUUAAGCGCGGACAGUUCGGGCUCGCGCUCCACAACUACAGCCGGGUCAUAGAGGGGCUCAGCGGCGCAGGUAUCGACAGUCCUGAGGAUCUGUGUAUUUUGUACUCCAACAGAGCUGCUUGUUAUCUGAAAGAUGGAAACUGUACAGACUGCAUUCAGGACUGCACCAGUGCACUGGAGCUCCGCCCCUUCUCCCUGAAGCCGCUCCUCCGCAGGGCGAUGGCCUACGAGGCUCUGGAGCGCUACAGGAAGGCGUACGUGGAUUACAAAACCGUCCUGCAGAUCGACUCCAGUGUUCAGGCAGCUCACGACAGCGUGCACAGGAUCACAAAGCAGCUGAUAGAACAGGAUGGUCCUGACUGGAGAGAGAAGCUUCCCGAGAUUCCCAACGUUCCGAUUUCAGCGCAGCAGCAUCGGAGGGAAGAACCAAGUGCCGAGGUUCUCCAGGCACGAGCAGAAAGAGCUGAACAGGAGAAGGCCAGGAGAGCCGAGGCACGUUUCACUCUGCUGAAGCAGGAAGGUAACGAUCUGGUGAAGCGAGGCGAGUUUGAGAACGCGGUGGAGAAAUACAGCGAGUGUGUCGCACUCAAACCCGCGGAGUGCACCGUCUACACCAACAGAGCGCUGUGUUUCCUAAAGCUGGAGCGUUUUGCCGAGGCGAGGCAGGACUGUGACUCUGCGCUAAAGCUGGAGCCGGACAACAAGAAAGCGUUUUACAGACGAGCGCUCGCUCACAAAGGCCUGAAGGACUUCCUUUCAUCCAGCUCUGACCUGCAGGAGGUUCUGCGUUUGGACCCAAAUGUCCAUGAGGCUGAACAGGAGCUACAGGAGGUCACGGUUCUGCUGAGGGAGAGUCUGCUGGAGUCACACACUCAGGGAUGAUGAUGAUGAUUUACACGCUGAUGAUAAACGACGAGAAAAUCAGAUCAGCUGCAGUCCAGCAGAACGAACACACACACGAGGACAGCCUCAUGCACAUUCCUCCUUCAGUGGUGGAGGAGAGGAAGCGGAGUUAUUGGGCGUGGCGUUGGAGCGGUUCAGCAUGGCCACGUGCUGAUGUUUAAAUCCCAAACUCUGGCUCUCAGCACGACGCUUUACAAACCUUUAUUUCAGCUUUCUGAUCCUCUCCUGUUUAUUCCACGCAACUCUGCUCUGAACCGCUACAGAAAUUAAUACAAAGAAAAUUUAUUUAAAAUUAAAUCACUAAAGAGGAAUAUAACGUUUAAAUCUUCUAUUUAACUUUUUUUUUGGUUAAUGUAUAAAAUUUUAAAUGUAAUUAAGCCGAAAGCAGGUGGACGGUUGUAUUUUUCAUUUCUAAAAACAGACGUGAACAAAUGAAUUAUGUUUUAGAAAAUAUUUGAGGAAGAAAUUUGUAUAGCUUAUUGCACUUCACAGAUUUGAACAUUACUGUAGAAAUACCAAAGGAACAACUUUUCUUCCCCCUCCUCCACAAUAAAACAAAACGAAAAAAAUAAAUUCAUUUAUUUAUAUCCACAGAGGAAGAUUUGGGACAAAACGCAUCAAGCCCUGCUGUGUUUCUUUUGUUUCAUCUUGAAGGCUCCAAUUAUUCAUUCAGUUACAUCUAAUAAAUAUUCUAAUCAGUUUAUAGAAUUUACUUAAUCUGUCACUUGGGUUGUUUAUUCUGCGUCGCCUUUCAGACAGCAGGGUCUUUAGAGCAGGGGGUCAGGAUGAGUGGAGCAACAUGUGGAAGAACCAAGAGUUCCUCUUCAAUCAUCAUGGAACCUCAACCCAGCUCCAUCAGGGUCUGGCGCUCUGAACCACAGGUAAAGCAGAGCGACAACUCUGUGCUUAAACCAGUCACGAUGACAAAGAAACUUCAGUUCUUGGAGAACAUUUGUAAUAUUUCAGUAACUUCAGGCUCAUGCUGUCACACGCCGAGUUUCAAUGACUGAAUCAGUUCUCAGUGUUGAAACACGUCAUGUUUAUUCACGCAGACCCCAGCGAUCAGUCCUGCUGCUCUCAGACUCCUCUCUGGAACGCUCGGUCAGUUCUCUGAAAACUGAUCCGAGACUCGAUCCUAUCUGAAAAAUCACGGCACGUCUGAGACUCACUCACCACUCCAAGACUCACAUCUGUCCAAGAAUUAUCGCUCGUCCAAGACUCGCUCGCUGCGCUGAGAUUCACACAUCUGUCUGAAAGCCACUGCACAUCAGACUCGCUCGCCUGUCACUCCAGGACUCGGUCCGAAAAUCACCUGUCCAAGACUCGCUCACUACUCUGGGUUUCCAUGCAAAGUGAAAAGCUGCACAAAUCUUAGCAAACACUCACUCACUCAUUUAAUUCCACAUCUUACUUUAAAAUGGGUCUCACACAGUUACAAAUAUGCAAAAAACUUGAUUUUACAAACAUGAGCGCAUGUAAGAGUCUGUUUCUCUUAAAGAUGUGAAAGUAAUCCAUGCUGUAAAUACUGCAGAGGGGAAAAACAAACCUUUCAAUAAACCUUUGUAAAACA